CGGCGGCUGGAGGAAACAUGGCGGAGGUGUCGGGGGCCGAGCUGUCAGAGGAGAAAGAAGCUGAAACUGAGCUGAAAAGGAGACUCAAAGGACCAAAAACGCCGUGGGACGAGCUGCACAGGUCGGGGAAAGUCAGCCUGACCGCGGAGCUGCCGGAGACUUUGGGCUUCUACGAUAUCAGCGCUGUCAGGAGGGAGCAGCGGGAGCUGCCAGCAGAUCCGUCGCUGACACGCUUCAUUUGUGCGGAGCUCACCAGAGGUUAUUUCCUGGAACACAAUGAGGCAAAGUACACGGAGCGCCGAGAGAGAGUUUACACAUGCAUGCGUAUUCCCAAGGAGCUGGAGAAGUUGAUGCUCUUCGGCUUCUUCCUGUGUGUGGACGCCUUCCUGUACGUCUUCACGCUGCUGCCCCUCAGAGUGCUGCUGGCCCUGCUCCGAGUCCUCACCCUGCCAUGCUGCGGCUUCAGCGGGUCGCGGCUGCUGCAGCCUGCGCAGGUGUGCGACAUGCUGAAGGGCCUGAUCCUGCUGCUCUGCUUCUCCAUGAUGCACUACGUGGACUACUCCAUGAUGUACCACCUGAUCCGAGGACAGUCGGUCAUCAAGCUCUACAUCAUCUACAACAUGCUGGAGGUAGCAGAUCGCCUCUUCUCCUCCUUCGGCCAGGACAUCCUGGACGCUCUGUACUGGACGGCCACUGAACCCAAAGAGCGCAAGCGAGACAGUAUCGGAGUGAUCCCUCACUUCCUCAUGGCGGUGCUCUACGUGUUCCUUCAUUCAAUCCUCAUCAUGGUCCAGGCCUCCACGCUGAACGUCGCCUUCAACUCCCACAACAAGUCACUGCUGACCAUCAUGAUGUCCAACAACUUUGUGGAGAUUAAAGGGAGUGUGUUCAAGAAAUUUGAGAAGAACAACUUGUUCCAAAUGUCCAACAGUGAUAUCAAAGAACGCUUCACCAGCUACGUUCUGCUGCUCAUCGUCUGCCUCAGGAAUAUGGAGCAGUUCUCCUGGAACACAGACCACCUGCUGGUGCUGCUCCCCGACGUCUUCAUCGUCAUCGUCUCUGAAAUCGCCGUCGACACGAUCAAGCACGCCUUCAUCACCAAGUUCAACGACAUCCCGGCAGACGUGUACAGCGAGUACCGAGCCAGCCUGGCCUUCGACCUCGUCAGCAGCCGGCAGAAGAACGCCUACACCGACUACAGUGACUCGGUGGCUCGGAGGAUGGGCUUCAUCCCGCUGCCGCUGGCCGUGCUGCUCAUCCGAGUGCUGUUGAGUUCAGUGAAGGUUCAAGGAGCCCUGUCGUACACGUGCGUCUUCCUCUUUUAUCUGGGGCUGGUGACGCUCAAAGUGUUGAACAGUAUUGUGCUGCUGGGAAAGUCCUGCGUUUACGUGAAAAGAGCCAACAUGGAGGACAAACUGUUUGAGAAGAGCUCCACUCCCUCCUCCUCCUCCAACAAGACCCCCAACAAGGCCGACCAGGCCAGAGGUCAAACGCCUUCAGGUGAAUCCAGGGUGGAGCAGGUUGUUCCCUCCGCCUGCAGCCCUCCUCCUCCUCCCCCCUCCUCCGUCACCACCCAGCCGGCCCCCCGGACCCACCCCUUCCCCCUCCCUCCCACCCAGCCCUGCGCGGCGGAAGAGGCCCCUCCUCCUGCUGCUCCUGCUCAGCCCGCCGCUGACCCGCCGGCGCCGUCCAGGGAGGAAGAGGAGGAGCAGGCGGCGGAGGACCCCGACACCAAGCACCGGACUCCCAAGAAAGACCUGCUGGAGAUCGACCGCUUCACCAUCUGCGGGAACCGAAUCGACUGAGCGGCAGCGGCCGCCGUGUAGCAGCGCCAAGCGCCGGGGGGGGGCGGAGCCGAGCCGAGCCGAGCCUGCAGUCCGUGCUGACGCCGGCUGGAACCGUGAGCGCCGAGCGCGGCGGCGCAGCCGCUGAAAGCCUCAGCGGCAGGCCGGAGGCGGGCGCUCGGGACGAGUGUGUGAGUGUGUUCAGACGUGUGUGUUUCAGCACACGGGGUUCUUCUCGUGUGAGCAGCACUGCGACCACAGGCACAGGAGUUUCCCAGCGCGCUCAGCGGCCACAUCGUUCUGCCGCUCGCAAGACAACAGGCGACCAAUCAACACAAAGCAGCCUGUCCUGGUGGCUGCUGGGCUCCGUGGAGACCUGGACCCCGGGGGGGGGCAGUGUGACACACACAACACACUCUGCUUCUUCUGCCCUUUUAUCUCUUCACUAAAUGCCAGGUUUACGUUUGCAGCAGCUCCAGUCCGACAUCCAGCACAUCACUCUCAAUCCAAGCUGGAAAGGAAAUAAUCUUCACUUUGUUUCUGAUCCACAUCAAAACCACUUUGAUAUUUCAACAACAAGCCGUCUGUAGUUCUUCUUUUAAUUCCUCCGAUGUGUGGGAAGCAGCUGGGAAGCUGAUCUGUUUGAGAAGUGAUAUUUAACCUAUUUAUCUGGAACGUUUGCACUGAUGGACCGUAUCGCGCUCAGUACGGUCGCUCGUCUCAUCAAACUCAAGUGACGCUCUAAUGUUUACAUCCCAGGAUGGCAGAAGCAAUAUGUUCACUACUAAAGGCCUUUUCUGUGCGUGUGUGUGUGUGUGUGUAUGUGUGUGUGUGUGAGAGAGAGAGAGAGAAACUGCCGUUUGAGUUGUUUGCUGUAAAGAUUUAUUUGAUUGCAAUAAUAAAGGCGUGUGGUGAACGGGUGAAGACGCCGUGCCAAAGCUUCGCUCCUCACCAGGUCACGAGAGGUCAAGCCGCCGUGGAGCAGUGGAGGGUUUCAGGGUGAGUUAAAGGGACCCGUCAUGUGAAUCACCAGCAGGAAGUGUGUGUCUAGAGGAUGGAGCCACUUCCUGUUUUCUUCUCAUGCCUUGUGGGACGAGCAGCAGCGGAGUCUGGACACGCCGCUGCUCUCCACUGCUCAUCCCACAAAUGCAUUUCUCUGGUAAUCACAACGGCCCCCUGAGAAAAGUACUCAGACUACUGUUGGUUUGUUUGCUUUAAUUUGGAACACGCUGAGGUACUUUUCCACACGUAAACUAAAUAAUAUAUUGAAUGUUUUGCAGUAUUUGGUGUUUACACAUAUCGAUUCUAUUUAAGGAGUGUUUCUUCAUGAUGUCCGUGAGCGUUGUGAUCAGGAAGACGGUCCUGUCUCUGGAGCUGUGUCAGGAGUGUCUCUGAGCUGUCCUCAGGCCGCCCUGUGUGUACUGAGACGUUGGAGACGAGCCCGAAGUGUUCUUACGCGAGCUGCGAAGGUCCCCGACACUGCCUGCUGCCCUCGUCUGUAUCAGCUGACCUCUGGAAUAAUUAA